ACAAAUUAAGCCACCACUUUGUAUAACUGCUUGUUGUAUUUCACCUGUAUUUUAUCUUUCAAAUUAAACAUUUACACAUCUCUCUCUCUCUCUCCCUCUCCCUCUCGCUUUCUCUCUGUUCAUCAGUUAAAGAUUUAAGUGGAGUUUGGUAAUUGUUUCUUGAAAUGGAAGUAGAUGAAGCUAGUGAUAAAACCCUAGUUGCCUCUUCUGAGGUGGGUAGUGAAAAUGGUGGGGUUCUUGAGGUUGGGGCAGGUGUUGAAGGUGAUAUGGGUGAUGGGGCUAAAAAGGUUUCUGAUAGUGAUGCUUCUGGUGAGGUGGGGAGUGAAAAUGGUGGGAUUCUUGAGGGUGAAAUAGGUGUUAAAGGUGAUAUGGGUGAGGGGGUUAAAAGGGGUUUGGACAUAGUUGCCUCUGGUGAGGUGGGGAGUGGUAAUGAUGUGAUUCUAGAGGGUGGAGUGGGUAUUAAAGAUGAUAACGGUGACGGGGCUAAAAGGGGUUUCGAUAUAGUUGCCUCUGGUGAGGUGGGGAGUGGAAAUGGUCUGAUUCUCGAGGGUGGCGUGGGUGGUAAAGAUGAUAAAGGUGAUGGAGUUCAAAGGGGUUCUGAUGUAGUUACCUCUGGUGAGGCGGGGAGUGGAAAUGGUGUGAUUCUCGAGGGUGGAGUGGGUAUUAAUGAUGAUAACGGUGACGGGGCUAAAAGGGGUUUCGAUAUAGUUGCCUCUGGUGAGGUGGGGAGUAGAAAUGGUGUGAUUCUCGAGGGUGGAGUGGGUGGUAAAGAUGAUAAAGGUGACGGAGUUCAAAGGGGUUCUGAUGUAGUUACCUCUGGUGAGGUGGGGAGUGGAAAUUGUGUGAUUCUUGAUGGUGGAGUGGGUGUUAAAGAUGAUAAAGGUGACGGAGUUCAAAGUGGUUCUGAUGUAGUUGCCUCAGGUGAGGUGGGGAGUGGAAAUGGUGUGAUUCUUGAAGGUGAUUUAGGUGUUAAAGAGGAUAGCAGCGAUGGGGUUCAAAGGGGUUCUGAUAUAGUUGCCUCUAGUGAGGUGGGGAAUGGAAAUGCUGUGAAUCUUGAGAGUGAAAUAGGUGUCAAAGAUGAUGGGGUUGGAAGGGUUUCUGAUUUAAGUGGUGAAGAUGAGGAAAUGAAGUCUGGGGUUGGAAGGGUGUCUGAUUUAGGUGGUGAUGGUAAGGAAAUGAAAUCCGGGUUGGGAAAUGAUAUUGGUCUGCAAGUUUUAAAAGGUACUGUUGCUAAACAGAAAGGAGAGGUGAAUGGUGUUGAGAGUGAUGAAAGUGAUUAUGGUGAUUAUGAUGAUGAUGGUGAUGAUACUGAUAUAGGGGAUCAAAGUUGUGAGUACAGGGUGGGUGAUUUUGUUUGGGGAAAGAUUAAGAGUUAUCCCUGGUGGCCUGGGCAGAUUUAUGGUGAAUCUGAUGCAUCAGAGUAUGCUCUUAAGCUGAAGCAGAAAGAUCGCUUUCUUGUUGCAUAUUUUGGGGAUGGUUCUUUUUCUUGGUGUGGCCCGUCCCAGUUGAAGCCAUUUGUUGAGAAUUUUAAGGUUAUGUCUGAGCAAAGCAAUUCUAAGAAUUUUACGUAUGCUGUAGAGGCUGCUUUGGAUGAGUUUAGUAAAGUUGUGGAGCGUGACAUGGCUUGCUCAUGUCUAGCUGAAAAAAAUGGUAAACUUGAAGCUAGCAUGGCUUCAAACAGUGGACUUAAGGUAGGAGUUCUUGUUCCUGCAGGUGUCGGAAUAUCUUUUAUUGCUCAAUAUAAUCCGAAAAAGCUUAUCGACAGUUUGAGAAACUAUGCAGAAACAGCAUCCAUGAAGAAUUUGCUUGAGCUCACUGUUAUAAAGAGUUGGCUAACUGUGUAUGGUCGCGCAAAAGGAGGGUAUCCAUUGCCCUUGUACCAUUAUCCCAGAGGGAUUGAAGGUCUUGAAGACAAGAGUGGCAAUCCAGUGAAAGUUUCUGCCCAGGGCCCUAAUGGAGACGAGUGGUUGUCCAUCCCGGUGGAAGCAGCUGACUCUGGACUUGAUCUGUCCAACCAAUCUUUGUUGUCAAAAUGCCAAGAAGCAUCAGGUGAUAUUCAGUAUCAAAGAAGGAAGCAAAAAAGUGUGGCUGAACUUAUAGAGGAUGAGAUGAGAAAGGAGGAGGGCUUUGUGAAUGAGUCUGUCUCUAAUGUAGUAUCCAGUGGCAAGAGAGGGAGAAGGCAGAAGGCUGUAGCUUCCAGAUCUCCUAGGACUGGGGGAGAAAAAAUCACAGCCCGUGAAUCUAAAGUUUUUGGGGAAAAAGAAGCCGAUGAACCCCCUCCAUCUGGGACGUUACAGAGUAAAAUACUUUCUGGUGGUGAAAGUGAGGGCGAUGAAGAGACUGCAAAGAGCAACAGAUUAAGGGAAAGAAAGAGGAGCAAGUAUCUAUCCCCUCCUUUCACAAAUCCUAGCCAAAUAAUGAAAAUUUCAAGCUUUAAAAGAGAUUCCCAAACAGAGUCUGUGAAAAAUAGUAGAGUUGGGGAGCGAAUGGCUAGGGUUGCUGGUCAACUAAUUGGGUUGCAGAGUCCUUCCCAGACUGAAUUUCCUAUAGUAAGCAGUAAGAAUAAUGCUAAAUCAGGUAGUUCAAGCCCUGAAACAGCUUUACAAGAUGAUAGAAAAACUAAUAUCUCAAUGCACUUAACUGCAAGUCCAGUUCAACUACUCUCUCAACUUCAAUCUGCAGCUGCUGACCCUUCGUGCUUGAUAGAGAAGAGUGAGGUUGAUUCAAUCACAGAAAACAUUAUCUCAUUCAGAAACAAGGUGCAGCAGAAGGGUGAACCAGGUAGCAUGAAGAGGAAGCCUGAAUGUGUCUUUCAGACGAUAGAGAAUGGGAUUGAUGGUCAGGACUUUAAAAUGCCACCUGCUAAGAGAGCUGCUAGCGGCUGCGAGACAAUGACAAAUGUAGAGGAUGCAAGUGAAGAAACACCUGUGACACUUAUUUUGACAUUUCCUCCGGCUUAUCCUUUGCCAUCAAGAAAUGAGCUGAUAAAAAUAUAUGGGAAAUUUGGACCCGUGGAUAACAGUGAAACAGGGGUGUGGUACAAUUCUUUCAGUGCUCGGGUUUCCUACUUAAGGAGAUCAGAUGCAGAAGAAGCCUACAAAGCAUCGGUGGAGAAAAAUCCCUUUGGAGAUGCUAAUGUUAAUUACCGUCUUCGUGAAAGAUCUUCUUUGGAUAACGGGAAGGCAACUCAGUCCUGUGAUGAUGAGGCGACACAGCUGGGCUUGAUAAGGGAAAAGCUCAAGAUGGUGACUUCUAUAGUGGAGACCUGUGGUGGCAAAAUAUCAGUGGAGUUCAAAUCCGAUUUGGAGAGCGAGGUAAAAACCCUUUUGGAAAGGGUGCGUUCGAUGGCGGUUACUUUAUCUUAGAUGGUAUUUGACCUACAUUAAUAAACACAUUAAGGCUUGUUGUUUAACUACUAAUACCGUCCUUUUGUCCCUGGGUGAUUUCUCGGGGUUAAUAUCUCUAGGAAGCAUCUAUUAGUGCUAGGAACAGUUUCGCUAGUAUCUAUUUUACAUGAGACAUUGGUAUAGGUGAAAUGAUCUGUUAGGUUUUUACAGACCAGACAAAUAUGAUUCCGUAUUGCUCCAAGCUGUUGGGAUUUUACAAACCAAAAACUAUCAUUCAGUAUCAUUCCCAGGCUACAUCUACUAUAUAUAACAUUUCUGUGAGGACUCAUUCUCACCAUUAA